ACUUGAUUUCAAGAAUAUGAUAGUUCAAGAUCCAAACCAAGUAAUGAGCUUAUGGAAGGAUUCAAUCCAUUUCUGCAACUGGGUUGGUGUCACCUGCAGUUCAUCUAAUGGAAGAAUCAUACAUUUGAACCUCGCAUCUCGCCGGCUAGGUGGGCCUAUACCACGUUCUAUAGGGAACCUCACAUACCUUACUAGACUCAACAUUGCAAACAACAGCUUUCAUGGCGAAAUUCCGCAAGAAAUGGGACGUCUGUUGCGCCUGGAGAAGGUAAAUAUGAGUUACAAUAACUUUGGUGGAAAUAUUCCUGCUAAUCUUACUCAUUGUUCAGAACUAAGGGAAUUUGAUAUAAUGUUCAAUGAUCUUGUGGGGAGGAUCCCUGACCAGCUUAGUACCUUGUCAAACUUAGUUGUUCUGAAUCUGGGGGCCAAUAACGUUACUGGAAAUAUCCCAGCUUGGAUAGGGAACUUCUCUUCUCUGCUAGGUCUUUCCCUUCCACUGAAUAAUUUCCAAGGAAGCAUACCUGCUGAACUUGCCAAUAUUCCGAACUUGGGUUUUUUACAGGUUUAUGGAAACAAUCUGUCUGGUAUGAUCCCUUCAUCAAUUUAUAAUAUUUCUUCCUUGUACUAUUUCUCUGUUGCUCAAAACCAACUGCACGGUCAUUUGCCUCCUGAUGUUGGCCUUGCACUUCCUAAGCUGAGGAUAUUUGCUGGUGGGGUUAAUAGUUUUACAGGACCUAUCCCUGAGUCAUUGUCAAAUGCUUCCGGACUUGAGGUGCUCGAUUUUGCGGAAAAUGGUCUAACUGGGACAAUUCCUGGAAACCUUGGGAACUUAAAAAACUUAGUUAGACUCAACUUCGAUGAUAAUACCCUCGGAGAUGGAAAGAUUGGUGACUUGAGUUUUCUAAGUAAUUUGUCUAAUUGUACUAGGCUUCGAGUAUUGGGUCUUGCAUAUAAUCGUUUUGGAGGAGAACUGCCUAGUUCCAUAGCAAACCUUUCAAGUCAGUUAAGAAUUUUAACUUUGGGUCAGAAUCUUCUCCAUGGAAGCAUGCCUUCUGGAAUUGAGAAGCUUACUGAAUUGACCAAUUUGUGGUUGCAAGGAGCCAAUUUGAGCGGGAGUCUACCUGAGGUCAUUGGAAACCUUCACAAAUUAGAGGGUUUAUUCUUGAAUUAUAACAGGUUUUCAGGGUUAAUCCCAUCCUCUCUAGGUAACUUGACUAAAUUGACUCGGCUUUUCAUGGAAGAAAAUAGACUUGAAGGAAGCAUACCUUCAAGUCUUGGAAAUUGCAGAAGUUUGCAGACUGUCAAUUUUUCAAGUAAUAAUCUUGAGGGCACCAAACCCAGGCAGGUCAUUGGCCUUUCUUCCCUUUCAAUUUCUUUGGACAUGUCUCACAAUUCUUUGACUGGUUCUCUUCCACCUGAAGUGGGCAACUUGAAGAAUAUCAUGGAACUGGACCUCUCUUAUAACAGAUUAUCAGGUCGAAUUCCCAGCAGUCUUGGCAGUUGUAUUAGUUUGGAACAUCUGCAUUUGGAAGGCGAGAUUCCUGGAUUUUUCAGUAACUUUUCAACUCUGAGGCACCUCAAUCUUUCAAACAAUGGCUUUGAAGGUGAAGUGUCAAAUGAAGGAAUUUUCGCAAAUCUGACUGUCAUCUCCAUCGAUGGAAAUGAUAAACUCUGUGGUGGCAUCCCUGAAUUACUGCUACCUACAUGCUCCAGGACAAGACACAGAAUAUCUCUCUCUACCAAAGCAGUUAUUGCUGUAACUAUUUCAGCAGCAUCUAUACUUGGUCUUCUAUGUUCUUUAGCAAUAUUUUGUGCUCUAAAAACAAAGGGGGAAAGAUCAACUGCACCUCAUUCGAAAGAAUCACAAUCAGAUUUGUCUUAUGAAGAACUCAUGAAGUCAACAAAUGGCUUUUCCAUGGAAAAUUUAAUUGGUUCGGGUAGCUUUGGUUCUGUGUACAAGGGGAUUCUUCCUGGUUAUAGAAAGCCCGUCGCAGUUAAGGUAUUAAACCUUCAACAGCAGGGAGCUUUGAAAAGUUUCGUUGAUGAAUGCAAUGCUUUGAGAAGUAUUCGGCACCGUAACCUUCUCAAGGUCAUCACUUCCUGCUCAAGCAUUGAUCGUCAAGGUCAUGAAUUCAAAGCUCUAGUUCUUGAAUUCAUGUCCAACGGAAAUCUAGACCAGUGGCUGCAUCCAAUACUCGAUGUGCAAUAUCAAGCUAAGAAAUUAAGCCUUAUCCAGAGGUUGGAUAUAGCUAUCGAUGUUGCAGCUGCUCUGGAUUACCUCCAUCACCAUUGCCACACUCCAAUUGUUCAUUGUGACCUGAAGCCAAGCAAUGUCCUCCUCAACGAAGAUAUGACAGCCCAUGUUGGUGACUUUGGAUUGACUAGGUUUCUCUCUGAAGCAUCCAAGGAUCAAACCUUUUCAAUUGGGCUAAAGGGUUCAAUCGGCUACAUCCCUCCAGAGUAUGGUGUGGGAAGCAAAAUUUCGCUGCAGGGAGACACUUAUAGCUAUGGAAUACUACUUCUGGAGUUAUUUACAGGAAAAAGACCAACUGAUGACAUGUUCAAAAACAAUAUGAGAAUUCACGAGUUUGUCGCUAUGGCCUUGCCUGAUCAUGUCAUGGAAAUUGCUGACCCAACAAUGCUUGUUGGAGGGGAAAAUGAUGAUGAAAUGGAAAAUGAAGAUGACAGAGAAGAGAAAGCUAUGUAUAAUCGAUAUGAAGCCCAAGCCAGCACCAGAAGCAAAGUAGAGGAAUGCCUGGUUUCAGUAAUGAGAAUUGGACUUUCAUGCUCUGAAACAUCGCCAGGAAAUCGGAUUCCUAUGAAUGCUGUUGUCAACAAACUGGGUGCUAUUAAAAGUUCAUUCCUUGUGUCCAAGGACAGUAACCGAAGGAGGACCUGACCAAGACACAAAUAUACCGGCUGUAGAAUGGUAUCUUCUUUAGCGAUGAUGUAUCAUCAUUUGAAGUGAAUAAUGUGUGUGGUAUAAGUGAAAUGUGAUUGUAUAUCCGCACGCGAUAUGGCUUAAUUUGAACCAUGGAGUUAGGCU